UGGUUCCUUCCUUUUCUGUUCCCUCUCCUGCCUUCCAGUUCUGGGCCUUCCCAACUGCCGAAGUGAGUACUGAGACCCUGGGGACAUCCUGAAGAGGUUGAGGUGCUAAGGAACCUUGGGGCGCCCAGAAGAAGAUUCCUGAAGCCAACUCAGAGCCAGAGAAUUUGCCUGCUACUUGAGUGUCUGAUUCUUCCUCACCUGAAUCCCUGUUGCUAUGGAGACCACCAACGGGACUGAGACCUGGUAUGAGAGUCUGCAUGCUGUUCUGAAGGCUCUAAAUGCCACUCUUCACAGCAACUUGCUCUGCCGGCCAGGACCAGACAACCUGACUGCGGAGCGGCAGACCCGCCUACCCGGCCGUGAUGACAACUCCUACAUGUACAUUCUCUUCGUCAUGUUCCUAUUUGCUGCCACUGUGGGCAGCCUCAUCCUGGGAUACACCCGCUCCCGCAAAGUGGACAAGCGCAGUGACCCCUACCACGUGUACAUCAAGAACCGUGUGUCUGUGAUCUGAUGCUAGAAACGUGGGAUGGCGGAAGAUCAAGAGACCUGAGGAUAGAUCGUCUUCUGGGGCCUCCUGAACUCGGCCAUGGAUCCCGUUGGGCUUCAGUGUUCCCAUGUAUAAGAUCAACAAGGAAUAGCGCUAAGGGGUGUCAUUAUUGGGCUGGGAUGAGAAGAGCAAACCUAGGCCUUCUGGGGGAAAAAUCCCUUUCUCCAGCAAAGAUAGACUUGAUAGACAGUGGGAACCAUGAACAAAUAUACAGAAGUAGCAAAAUACCUAAUGACUGGUGUAGCGGCUGGAGUGUUAGGGGUUAGGGGCUUGAGGAAGGAGAAAAGGAAGUUUUCGCAGAGGGAAAUUAAAUAAGAAGAUGUACGGAGGACACAUUUUGUGUGCAUUAUCUUCAAUGAUCCUGAGAAGCAGCAAUGAUUAUCCCAUAUCACAGA